UCAUUUGCUCUCAUUUCGCGGACGCCAAACCACCAAAGCCCGCGAUUUCCGAUGGCGGAAUUAGAACAGUGGCAAGAGUUUGCGUCGCAAAUCGCUAAACCCGACCGCUCGAUCCGGUGCAAUCCGGACGGCAUCGGGUUCGGGCAGUUUGCAAUCGUUUGCAGUCUUCCGGGAGCACCGGAAAACGUACAAAAGUUGAUCGAUUCACCGGUGGCGAAGCUUCACAAGCAGGCAUCAACAGAGCACGACAGCAACACAAGCACGGAGGACAUUGUGAAGAUUCUUAUCGAACAGUUACCCUGCUUUGGAACGUUGGAACAGUAUGCGUGGCUGGUGAGAGCGACGGUCGCAUUGCACCUGCUCAAGGGAGUGCCGACGAAGGUGUCUUCCCUGGUCCGGAAGUUGAGCGGGACUGUCGCGGGGCUCGAUCUUGCCUGCUUCCGUCAUUCUACAUUUAUGAUACACACGGUGGCUAAAAGCUUAAAGGAAGACAUCCCACUGGAAGGUGUUAAUUUGCUGCACGCGAUCAAAAAGCUUGCCCUUGCAAACUCUCCGCAGCUUUACUACACGGCCCUGGCACUAAUUUUUGCCGGGUUCGAUACGAUAACACACCCCAACAAACCGAUCGCCACGUACCGGGUGGGUGGGGUGAAUGAGGCGCUUCAAUUGCUCGAUACACUCGACGCACCGUGGCUUCAGCGGCAGUGUGCCAGCCUGCAGACCAUCUACCAGCUGCUGAAGCUGCUUAGCCUUUACCAGAACAUGGUGAUAAUGCGGCACGCCGGCAAACGACCGCAGGAGCUGCAGGAAGAGCACGCAAGCUUUGCGGCACUGCUGUGCGCAACGGACGCGCAGGUGAAAAGCAUCCGCCAGUGGCUGGAACAGUUGAGCGUGGUGCUGCAACCGUACGGUAUCAGGCAGGAUGAGGACCAUUUGAUUAUAGCAGAUUUGAUACACGUCGAUAUGCUUCCGUUGUUCGACGAUUGGGAUCAACACGAGGAGAUGAUGUGAGGCGGGUGCACCCCUUGAAGCAUGUGCCAUUUGAUGGUUUAUUUUUCAUUGCAUUCCUUGAUUCUCACAAUGUGCUUUACAAUUAGCAUUUUCUACAAAAAUAAAAUAUACACAAAUGUUUCGCAAGUUGUUGUAGCUAAUAGUUUACUCACGCACGCAACUGUGUGCGGGACCGUGCGUGAUAAUAUCCUAUCGUAAUUAGUGUUCCAUAAAAGUAAAGACUCUUUUUGAUAAGACCUCUUUGUGGGUGUUAGAUUUUUGACGCACAUGAUUAGUUAAAAGGGCCUAAAAUGGUGGGCGAGCGUCUCCCCUUUUGCUUAAAUAGUGCUGAAUGAUAAUUUUGCGAUCCAUUUCUGGGAAAUGUGACGCUUGUCUAAGUGGGAAGGUAAACACUGAUAUGUUUUUAUUAGAAAAGUCGUUUAGGAUUAAGGGCGGUUUAAUAGGCUUGACCGGUCGGUAACAAUGUGGCGAUGGUUCCCCAGAACGUUCCCGUUUACGCCGCGAGGUCUAUGCUCGGAUUAGGAUAGGAGUUAGUGUUUGGAAAUCUGUGAAAUGAUAACAAAUUGCGCAUUGCUUUUGGGUGUUGCAAACGUAACAUAAGUACACAUUUCAUUUUUUUUAAUUUCUGAGGGUGAGUUUAGAUGAAUUCAUGCGGCCUGAGGACAUUAGAGGUGUGGAAAUAAACGUUAGGUUUAAAAGUAAAACAUAAAAUUCAACCUCUUUCAAGCAUGCAGCAAGCUCAGUGUGCAACACGCGAAGACGAUGGGAGAGUGGUUGCUGGAGAGCACCCUACUAGCAAUGAGAAUGAAAAAGUGUGGGACUUUCAGGCGAGGGGCAUGUAGAAGCAUGGGGAGACGGUUGGAAAUACGCGGAAUUACGCGGAGGCGCGAGCGUGUUUUGGUUUCUACACAGUUUUUGCACUCACACAAUUACACAUGUGUGAAUGUGUGCGUUCACUUUCAGCCUGCGCGCUCAGUUUGGUUUUCUCGCAGCGGCAUGCGGGUAUCGGUGUCUCGCUCGCACUAGUGCAGCGAGUGUUCCUCUGUGUGCUCCCCUUCUUGCCACCACACGAAAUCGUCAGUUCAGCUCAAGCGUUCGCCGUGAAAGGCUGCGCGCGUGUUAGCCUAAGUCCCGGGCGAUCGAAGUUUCGCUAAGUGUUGAAGUGUUGUGCACAUUGAAAUGAAGCUGCGCUUAUUUGUUAUCAUUUAUCCUAAAUGUGUGAUUUGCGUUGCUUCAUUUUAAUAUUUGUUUGCUGUAUUGAACAUCAACAACGGUAUCCAUGCAGUUAGGCGACUAUUUUAAAUACGGCGAUUUUUUUUAUAUAAAUAAUGUGUGUGAUUUUGUGGCAAGAUUGUGUGAAGCUAUGUGUGAAAAUGCCCCUUUAUUUGCAAUAAAAGUGAUAAAAUAUAAACCAAGUUUGAUGUGUUCAAGUUUUUGUUUUGAUUCGGGUGCACCAAGUCCGAAUGAAGGGAAGCGCACAGCGCGCUACGAAAGAAACGAGCGGGAGGGGGUGUCAGUCCAGCGCAGCGCAAUUCGCUGGAAUCAAGUGGGAGGGGGUACCAGUUCAGCGCUGCGCAAGCCGAAAGAAACGGCCCUACUAGCAAUGAGAAUGAAAAAGUGUGGGACUUUCAGGCGAGGGGCAUGUAGAAGCAUGGGGAGACGGUUGGAAAUACGCGGAAUUACGCGGAGGCGCGAGCGUGUUUUGGUUUCUACACAGUUUUUGCACUCACACAAUUACACAUGUGUGAAUGUGUGCGUUCACUUUCAGCCUGCGCGCUCAGUUUGGUUUUCUCGCAGCGGCAUGCGGGUAUCGGUGUCUCGCUCGCACUAGUGCAGCGAGUGUUCCUCUGUGUGCUCCCCUUCUUGCCACCACACGAAAUCGUCAGUUCAGCUCAAGCGUUCGCCGUGAAAGGCUGCGCGCGUGUUAGCCUAAGUCCCGGGCGAUCGAAGUUUCGCUAAGUGUUGAAGUGUUGUGCACAUUGAAAUGAAGCUGCGCUUAUUUGUUAUCAUUUAUCCUAAAUGUGUGAUUUGCGUUGCUUCAUUUUAAUAUUUGUUUGCUGUAUUGAACAUCAACAACGGUAUCCAUGCAGUUAGGCGACUAUUUUAAAUACGGCGAUUUUUUUUAUAUAAAUAAUGUGUGUGAUUUUGUGGCAAGAUUGUGUGAAGCUAUGUGUGAAAAUGCCCCUUUAUUUGCAAUAAAAGUGAUAAAAUAUAAACCAAGUUUGAUGUGUUCAAGUUUUUGUUUUGAUUCGGGUGCACCAAGUCCGAAUGAAGGGAAGCGCACAGCGCGCUACGAAAGAAACGAGCGGGAGGGGGUGUCAGUCCAGCGCAGCGCAAUUCGCUGGAAUCAAGUGGGAGGGGGUACCAGUUCAGCGCUGCGCAAGCCGAAAGAAACGGCCCUACUAGCAAUGAGAAUGAAAAAGUGUGGGACUUUCAGGCGAGGGGCAUGUAGAAGCAUGGGGAGACGGUUGGAAAUACGCGGAAUUACGCGGAGGCGCGAGCGUGUUUUGGUUUCUACACAGUUUUUGCACUCACACAAUUACACAUGUGUGAAUGUGUGCGUUCACUUUCAGCCUGCGCGCUCAGUUUGGUUUUCUCGCAGCGGCAUGCGGGUAUCGGUGUCUCGCUCGCACUAGUGCAGCGAGUGUUCCUCUGUGUGCUCCCCUUCUUGCCACCACACGAAAUCGUCAGUUCAGCUCAAGCGUUCGCCGUGAAAGGCUGCGCGCGUGUUAGCCUAAGUCCCGGGCGAUCGAAGUUUCGCUAAGUGUUGAAGUGUUGUGCACAUUGAAAUGAAGCUGCGCUUAUUUGUUAUCAUUUAUCCUAAAUGUGUGAUUUGCGUUGCUUCAUUUUAAUAUUUGUUUGCUGUAUUGAACAUCAACAACGGUAUCCAUGCAGUUAGGCGACUAUUUUAAAUACGGCGAUUUUUUUUAUAUAAAUAAUGUGUGUGAUUUUGUGGCAAGAUUGUGUGAAGCUAUGUGUGAAAAUGCCCCUUUAUUUGCAAUAAAAGUGAUAAAAUAUAAACCAAGUUUGAUGUGUUCAAGUUUUUGUUUUGAUUCGGGUGCACCAAGUCCGAAUGAAGGGAAGCGCACAGCGCGCUACGAAAGAAACGAGCGGGAGGGGGUGUCAGUCCAGCGCAGCGCAAUUCGCUGGAAUCAAGUGGGAGGGGGUACCAGUUCAGCGCUGCGCAAGCCGAAAGAAACGGCCCUACUAGCAAUGAGAAUGAAAAAGUGUGGGACUUUCAGGCGAGGGGCAUGUAGAAGCAUGGGGAGACGGUUGGAAAUACGCGGAAUUACGCGGAGGCGCGAGCGUGUUUUGGUUUCUACACAGUUUUUGCACUCACACAAUUACACAUGUGUGAAUGUGUGCGUUCACUUUCAGCCUGCGCGCUCAGUUUGGUUUUCUCGCAGCGGCAUGCGGGUAUCGGUGUCUCGCUCGCACUAGUGCAGCGAGUGUUCCUCUGUGUGCUCCCCUUCUUGCCACCACACGAAAUCGUCAGUUCAGCUCAAGCGUUCGCCGUGAAAGGCUGCGCGCGUGUUAGCCUAAGUCCCGGGCGAUCGAAGUUUCGCUAAGUGUUGAAGUGUUGUGCACAUUGAAAUGAAGCUGCGCUUAUUUGUUAUCAUUUAUCCUAAAUGUGUGAUUUGCGUUGCUUCAUUUUAAUAUUUGUUUGCUGUAUUGAACAUCAACAACGGUAUCCAUGCAGUUAGGCGACUAUUUUAAAUACGGCGAUUUUUUUUAUAUAAAUAAUGUGUGUGAUUUUGUGGCAAGAUUGUGUGAAGCUAUGUGUGAAAAUGCCCCUUUAUUUGCAAUAAAAGUGAUAAAAUAUAAACCAAGUUUGAUGUGUUCAAGUUUUUGUUUUGAUUCGGGUGCACCAAGUCCGAAUGAAGGGAAGCGCACAGCGCGCUACGAAAGAAACGAGCGGGAGGGGGUGUCAGUCCAGCGCAGCGCAAUUCGCUGGAAUCAAGUGGGAGGGGGUACCAGUUCAGCGCUGCGCAAGCCGAAAGAAACGGCCCUACUAGCAAUGAGAAUGAAAAAGUGUGGGACUUUCAGGCGAGGGGCAUGUAGAAGCAUGGGGAGACGGUUGGAAAUACGCGGAAUUACGCGGAGGCGCGAGCGUGUUUUGGUUUCUACACAGUUUUUGCACUCACACAAUUACACAUGUGUGAAUGUGUGCGUUCACUUUCAGCCUGCGCGCUCAGUUUGGUUUUCUCGCAGCGGCAUGCGGGUAUCGGUGUCUCGCUCGCACUAGUGCAGCGAGUGUUCCUCUGUGUGCUCCCCUUCUUGCCACCACACGAAAUCGUCAGUUCAGCUCAAGCGUUCGCCGUGAAAGGCUGCGCGCGUGUUAGCCUAAGUCCCGGGCGAUCGAAGUUUCGCUAAGUGUUGAAGUGUUGUGCACAUUGAAAUGAAGCUGCGCUUAUUUGUUAUCAUUUAUCCUAAAUGUGUGAUUUGCGUUGCUUCAUUUUAAUAUUUGUUUGCUGUAUUGAACAUCAACAACGGUAUCCAUGCAGUUAGGCGACUAUUUUAAAUACGGCGAUUUUUUUUAUAUAAAUAAUGUGUGUGAUUUUGUGGCAAGAUUGUGUGAAGCUAUGUGUGAAAAUGCCCCUUUAUUUGCAAUAAAAGUGAUAAAAUAUAAACCAA